CACUUUCAUCAUAGCGAGUAAACACUUCUGAACUGAGUUCUUACUGAGUAAACACUCUGAACUGAACUGUGAUAAUCGCGAUCAUACCUGGGAGAUAUGGCGGCUACGAAUAUCCGCAUACCGAGUCGCAUGCUGUUCAUCGACGGCGAAUGGAGAGAACCUGUCAAGAAGAAUCGUCUUCCGAUUAUUAAUCCCGCUACUGAACUAGUCAUUGGUGACAUUCCGGGAGCUACAGCGGAAGACGUGAAUAUAGCGGUGGAAGCUGCUCGGAGAGCUCUCGCCGGAGAGUGGGGCUCAACGACAGGGGCACAACGGGCGAAAUAUUUGCGUUCUAUUGCUGCAAAGGUUAAGGAGAGGAAGCCUGAGCUAGUACCACUUGAAUCCAUUGAUAGUGGGAAGCCGUUGGUGGAAGCGGAUGCAGAUAUGGAUGAUGUUUCAUCAACGAUUGAGUACUAUGCAGGCCUUGCUGAGGCUUUGGAUUCAAGACAAAAGACUCCUAUUCCUCUUCAUUUGGAGUCAAUUAAGAGUUAUGUUCUUAGAGAACCCAUUGGGGUUGUUGGGUUGAUUACUCCAUGGAAUUAUCCUUUGUUGAUGGCUAUCUGGAAAGUCGCUCCUGCACUGGCAGCUGGGUGUGCUGCUAUACUUAAGCCAUCUGAACUAGCUUCUAUUACCUGUUUAGAGUUGGGUGAAAUUUGUAGAGAGGUUGGUCUCCCCCGUGGAGCCCUUAACAUUCUAACUGGUUUGGGGCCAGAAGCUGGUGCUCCAUUGGCAACUCAUCCUCAUGUUGACAAGGUUUCAUUUACAGGAAGCUUGGCCACAGGAGUCAAAAUCAUGACUGCUGCAGCUCCACUUGUCAAACCAGUAACACUGGAACUUGGUGGAAAAAGUCCUAUUGUCAUAUUUGAGGAUGUUGGGGACCUUGAUAAAGCUGUUGAGUGGGCGCUUUUUGGUUGCUUCUGGACAAAUGGCCAAAUUUGUAGUGCCACAUCUCGUCUUAUAUUGCAGGAAAGCAUUGCUGCUGGAUUCGUGGACAGGCUUUUGGCAUGGACCAAAAAUAUUAAAAUAUCAGAUCCCUUAGAGGAGGGCUGUAAGCUUGGUCCUAUUGUUAGUAAGGCUCAGUAUGAGAAGGUGAUGAAUUGCAUAUCAACUGCCAAAAGUGAAGGUGCUACCAUUUUGUAUGGUGGAAAGCGCCCUGAGCACUUGCAAAAAGGCUAUUAUGUUGAACCAACAAUCAUUACUGAUGUGAAUACCUCCAUGCAAAUCUGGAAAGAAGAAGUAUUUGGACCUGUUCUUUGCAUCAAGACAUUUAAGACAGAAAAGGAAGCCAUUGAACUAGCCAAUGACACUGAGUAUGGUUUAGCUGCUGCUGUCUUGUCAAAAGAUCUUGAAAGAUGUGAGCGUAUGGCAAAGGCUUUUCAGACAGGGGCAGUCUGGGUCAACUGCUCACAGCCAUGCUUUUGGCAGCCACCAUGGGGAGGCAAGAAGCGUAGUGGUUUUGGACGUGAAUUAGGGGAAUGGGGACUAGAAAGCUUCUUCAAUAUCAAGCAGAUUACGACAUAUGUUUCCGAUGAACCUUGGGGUUGGUACAAGCCUCCUUCGAAGUAAAGAAACGAAGCUGAUAGUGAUGGAACUUAUGUUGAUGGAAUGCUAUGUGCAAUUGUCUUAGAGAAUAAUAAGGCAUUUAGACCACUGCACAACUUGAACAAUGGCUUGUAACUAGUCGAACCUUAUUACUUAUCUCCUAGGGAAAAAGAAAUUAAUGAUUCCAUUACUAUUUUCUCAUUUA